AUGGCAUCCCGGACCCUCGCUUCUUGUCGAGUUGCGCUAAUCGCGGCGUCAAUCGCGCUGCUUGUGAUGCUCGCUGGAAUCCCAUCAGCGGCUGCCGUCGCGCCUGCGCCAGUUGCGGUGCACUCGAGCAUGUGUAAGCGCCAACUCCUCCGUCCCUCUCUCCGUCCCCACUCUCCCUCCCUCCGUCCCCUCUCCAUCCCCACUCUCCAUCCCCCAUUCGACCGUGCGGAAGCUCCCCGCUCGCUCCCGGGCUCCUUCCACCCGCUUCCCGUUUUCCGUCCACCUCUUCGAUCCCCCGCUCCGUUUCCCCCGUGCCGUUCCCCCCUCUCCGUCCCGCUCUGCGCCCCCCUCCCUGCUCCCCUGGUUCCUUCCGCGCACGUCCCAGAUUACACGCCCCAGCCUCCCCCCUUCGCCAGUUCUUUCCGCCUGCUUUCCGGUCUCUCCCUCCUCUCACAUUCCCCCACCGCUCCCAGACUCUCCCCCCUUCCCUUCCGCAACCCCCGGCCUCCCCCCUUUUUCUCCUCCUCUCUCUUCCCCUUCCUUCCACCUUCCUCCCCUCUCCCCAACCCCCCUCACUUCUCAACUCCGCUAACUAGCCUUUUCGGCUCACCCUCUCUGUUACAAUUCAAGUCAUCAUUUAAUGGAGGAUUCCUCUCUGCUGACGUCACCAAACUCACAUCACUCAAAUCUCUGCUUCUUGACCAGGUGAACAUCGGGGGCUUGAUUCCAGCAGGCAUGGAUAGCCUUCAGCUGCUCACCUCGCUGUCUCUGAACGGAAAGUAUUUAAGGGGGGAAGUCCCGCCUGCAUUGGGACAACUCACCAACCUCGUGCAUCUGUCCAUCAAGGGCGGCGAUCUCUUCGGCGGUCUCCCAGAGGAGCUCAGCUCUCUCACGCGCCUCAUCCACCUCGCCAUCGGCUCCAAGCCCUCCUUUAGCCAGCUCACCAACAUUCGAGGACCCCUCCCUGCUGCCUACUCAACCCUCGUGGCCCUACAGUACCUUCUUUCCCCCUCUUCCCUCAUCCCCCUUUAUUCUUUCCCCCUCUUCCCUCAUCCCCCUUUAAUCUUUCCCCCUCUUCCCUCAUCCCCCUUUAAUCUUUCCCCCUCUUCCCUCAUCCCCCUUUAUUCUUUCCCCCUCUUCCCUCAUCCCCCUUUAAUCUUUCCCCCUCUUCCCUCAUCCCCCUUUAUUCUUUCCCCCUCUUCCCUCAUCCCCCUUUAUUCUUUCCCCCUCUUCCCUCAUCCCCCUUUAUUCUUUCCCCCUCUUCCCUCAUCCCCCUUUAUUCUUUCCCCCUCUUCCCUCAUCCCCCUUUAUUCUUUCCCCCUCUUCCCUCAUCCCCCUUUAUUCUUUCCCCCUCUUCCCUCAUCCCCCUUUAGGGUUUCACAUCAUCCCCCUUUAGGGUUUCACAUCAUCCCCCUUUAG